AUGCGCGAAUACAAGAUUGUUGUGCUUGGUAGUGGUGGUGUCGGUAAGUCAGCAUUGACAGUGCAAUUUGUUCAAGGAUUAUUCGUCGAGAAAUAUGAUCCAACCAUUGAAGAUAGUUAUCGAAAACAGGUGGAAGUCGAUGGACAACAAUGCAUGUUGGAGAUUUUGGAUACUGCUGGCACAGAACAAUUUACUGCCAUGCGAGAUUUAUAUAUGAAAAAUGGUCAAGGUUUUGUUCUUGUUUAUUCGAUAACAGCUCAAUCAACAUAUAAUGAUCUUGUUGAUUUACGUGACACUAUUCUUAAAGUGAAAGAUACAACUGAUGUACCCAUGGUCCUGGUAGGAAAUAAAUGUGAUCUUGAAGAUGAACGUGUCGUUGGAAAAGAAGUUGGUCAAACACUAGCACGUAAUUGGGGUUCAACUUUCCUUGAAACAUCAGCUAAACAAAAAAUCAAUGUGAAUGAGAUUUUUUUUGAUCUCGUACGUCAAAUAAACAAACGAACACCAGUUAAUAAAGAUAAAAAGAAUAAAGGUAAAAAUAGCGGUCAAAUGGCGAAUACACAUACAUCAUCAUCAAGUGGUAAAACUGGUUUUGAUAGUUUACAAGCAGAUCAAGCAGCUAAUAAUCAACGAGAUCAACAACACUGCUGUUUACUUUUAUAG